UCGUUGCCAGCAGAGCUGCUCUAGAGCGGAGCCUCGGUGGACGGAGCGGCACCUUGUACAUAGUAGCGCGCUCCGUCAAAGUGAAUACAUCACUGUACAUAGGAACUAUUAUCAAGACAGAAUAAAAACAAAAACAAGUUUUCCCCUCAAGAGUUGCAUAAGGAAUGACUUGUAAAUGCAGAAUUAAAAAAUCAUUUGUACUGUGGAAGGAGGUGGAAUUUAUUCGCGUGUUAAAGAUAAAUUAGUUAUCGCUGCGCUUCGGCACACACAAAACCGGCAUCAUGGUUAUAAUGACGGUCAGCAGCGCGGGCUCUCAGUCAAGUUGUGCCCAGGCCAGACCUCUGCAGGUCGGCUUCUAUGAGAUCAACAGAACCCUCGGCAAGGGAAACUUCGCUGUGGUCAAACUGGCCAGACACAAAGUAACAAAAACACAGGUUGCAAUUAAAAUAAUUGAUAAAACAAGACUAAACUCUGCCAAUUUGGAGAAAAUCUACAGGGAGGUUCAGAUUAUGAAGCUGCUCAAUCACCCUCACAUCAUAAAGCUCUAUCAGGUCAUGGAGACCAAAGACAUGCUGUACAUUGUGACAGAGUAUGCAAAAAAUGGAGAAAUGUUUGACUAUCUGACAUCCAACGGACGGAUGAGUGAAAACGAGGCUCGUAAGAAGUUUUGGCAGAUUCUGACGGCAGUGGACUACUGCCAUCGGCACCACAUAGUCCACAGAGACCUCAAAACUGAAAACCUGCUGCUAGACGCCAACAUGAACAUCAAGCUGGCAGACUUUGGAUUUGGAAACUUCUAUAAUGCUGGGGAGCCUCUCUCCACGUGGUGUGGAAGCCCACCAUACGCUGCCCCAGAGGUCUUUGAGGGAAAGGAAUAUGAGGGGCCACAGUUAGACAUUUGGAGUCUAGGUGUGGUUCUGUAUGUGUUAGUGUGCGGGUCCCUGCCCUUUGAUGGGGACAGUCUUCCAGCUUUGAGACAGAGAGUGACAGAGGGCCGCUUCAGAAUACCAUUCUUCAUGUCACAAGACUGUGAAAAUCUGAUUCGUAAGAUGCUGGUGGUCGACCCAGCCAAGCGGAUCAGCGUGGCUCAGAUCAAGCAGCACCGCUGGAUGCUUGCGGAUCCCAGCGCACCCCACCAGACCCUUUCUCUGUCCCUUACUGACUACAACUCCAACCUGGGAGACUACAAUGAACCCGUCUUGAGUAUCAUGCAGACCCUCGGCAUUGACAGACAGAGGACUGUUGAGUCUCUCCAGAAUAGUAGCUACAACCACUUCUCAGCAAUCUAUUACCUGCUGCUAGAAAGAGUGAAGGAGCACCGCAGCCAACAGCUGAGCCGCCAAUGCGGGGCCUGGAAUCAGAGGUCGAGGACAGCGUCCGAUUCCUCCACCCCAGAGUUGAUCAUGGAAUCGUCUGACAGCUUCAGAACCUCAGCCUUCCCCGUAGCCACCAAGGUGAACACUCCUGUCCAUGCAAAAAUGGAAUGUGAACAAGGAGGCCUGUUUCAGCGUGUGGUGUGCCCAGUGGAAGCCAGCCUGAACGGGCUCCUGUGGAACCGAUCCAUCUCCCCCAACAGCCUGCUGGAGACUACCAUAAGCGAGGAGGUGCGACCUCAUGACCUGGAGGAGGAAGAGGGGAUGCUGCAGGUCCAGCCGCCCCAUUUGCCCAGCACCACCUCCCGAAGGCACACACUUGCAGAGGUCUCUGCUCGAUUCCACAAGUGCAAUCCACCCUGUAUUGUGGUCAGUCCUUCAGAUGGUGCUUCCUCUGACAGCUGUCUGAAGUCCUCCUCGAACCCCAACCCUGCUCUCUCCACUGCUGUAGGGGAUCUUUCAUCACUGCUUGCCUCCAAUACAGGGCCUGAGGCAUUAGCCCCUGCCAGGUCGCCCCUCGCUCUUUCCUCCAACCUCCUCAUGCAAAAUCAAGGGAGCUUGCUUGCAGCAAGCUUCCAAGAGGGGCGUAGGGCUUCAGACACCUCCCUUACACAGGGGCUGAAGGCAUUCAGACAGCAGCUGAGGCAGAACACUCGUGCGAAAGGCCUGCUAGGGUUGAACAAGAUCAAAGGUCUGGCACGACAGGUGUGCCCUCCGACCUCAUGCUCCAGAGGCAGCCGGGGGUCGCUUGGCCCAACUCUGUGCUCUCCCUCAAGCCUCCAGAGCUCUAGCAGCCCUCGUGAGCGCCGCAGCAUGCUGGAGGAAGUUCUGCAUCAGCAAAGAAUGCUGCAGAUCCAGCACCAGCCUCAGCCCCAAGUCCAGUCUCAGCAGCCCGUGCUCUUCCUCUCACAGUCCCACCCCUCAUCUCCUCCCUCCAACAAUCUCUUCGCCCCUGCCGCCCUCUUUUCCAACCCCCCGACUCAACCUAUCCUCCCACCGUGCCAGCAGACAUCCAUCACCUUCCAGCACAACCUGUGGCAGCAGCAGCAGUCUCUUGACUCAUCUUCCUCGUCCUUGUCCCCCGUGGCAUCUGCUGCCCAUCUUCUGGAGGCUCGUCUGCACAUCAGCCAGCGGCCACAUCUCCACCCUCAGUCCCCACAGCACCUGCGAAUCCACCCCACCAUCCUGUCCCAGGGGCCUUUCUCCCUCCUGCCCCAGCAGGGCAGUUGGAGCCUGAGCACCAAAAUCGAGCCUGAACCUGAUGUUCAGGAGCUGGUCUGUGCUGGUCAAAAGCAGCAAAUCAGCAGCUGUGUCAUGGUCAAAUAAAGAAGGCAAAGACUUUGAAGAAGGUCUUAGAGUGAUGCUGACUGCUUUCACCACUCUUAGUCCAGAGUGAGCCAAUGGACAAUGGUGUUGAGCGUCAGAACUAGAAAGCAUCUCAUUUUGAUGAUGCUCUCAGUAGUUUUCUAAUGCAUAGGAGAGAAAUUUUACUCUCUCUGGACACACAAUUCCACGAUUAUGUCUAUAUGUGUUGGAAUGACCAGAGAAAAUAAGAAGAAGCAAUAACCAACCUCUUCAUUGAGCCCAUGAUCCUUGCCAGGUGCUCCUGUCCACACAGCAAUAAAGGACGUGUCGCUGAACAAGGAACUGAAGAGUGUGAGUUUUCAUCCAUUUGCGAGUAGUUCCACUCAUACGUAAAGCUGGCCUCCACAAUAGCGAAUGAUUAUGUCAGAGACGCUUGUUUAUCCUCUAUACAAGUAUGAAAAUAGGACAGUGAUGUCUUCCUUACAGAUUUUUCCAAUUCCUUUGAGCUUUUUAUUUAGUUUGUUUGUUUUACAUCUCCAGAGAAGACCAAAGUUGAUUGCUUUUUUUGCCUCUUUGAUUUCUUUCCUCAAAGUUCUUGAAACAAAAUGCAGUAUCUGACUUAUCCAAAACUUCCAAAAACUAAGAAAAAAAAUACUGUCAUUUCAUCUGUGAUGUGAAAAUGUGUGCAAACUAGCCACACGAUGCCUCCAAUAAUGUGUGCAAUGAAGAGGCGCCUUAGCAUGAGGGGAAAGUCAAAUGAGAGUAAGCUAGAUAUAAGCACAAGAGGUACUACAUAGUGUUAACUAGACAAGCUCUUUGGGUUUUCGCUGUCUGUGACAAUGACUUUAAUGCUGCUUCAUGUUUAGUCACCUAUAUACAAAGACGCUAGAAAA